UUCGGUCAUUCGGUCGCCAUUUUUCCCAUUCCCACACCAACAUCAACCGCUAACCUGUAUUUGAGACGCGCAAAACGCUGUGUACGUUGUUAUAUCAACAAUUAAAAGUUGUCGUUUAAUUUAAUUUUUCGGUUAUAACUUAAUUUGAGCGUUUUCAAAGAGGUAAACGGUAAAGAGACGGAUUGAUUAAUCGGGCCCCCUAAUGGGUAAGUCGUACAGAGCAUAAAAUUAUAAAGUCGUAGUUUGAAAUCAGCUGAAGAAUGCCAUAUGUGUCUGAUCCAACUAUUAUCGCUAGGGUACAAAAAUACCUGGAAGAAAAUACUGACAAAACUUACGUGGACAUAUCUGAAAUAGCUAACGCUCUACAAUCGCAAUAUAGAGAGUACGCUAAACGUAAAAGAAGUGUUUUCAGAGCUGCCGUUAAAAAAGCAUUUUCCAUUGUUUUAGCUCGAUACGGGUUAGAUUCGGAUAAUAAUCCAGGAAGUAGCGACGAAAGUAGCAUCGAUCCUGGUGAAUAUAAUAGUCCUGAAAACAAUUCAAUGAACAACCAACUAGUAAAUAUGUAUAAAAAGAACAUUGCACCAAAAGAACUGGAUGAAAAUGAGUUAAUUGAUAUUAGUAGCGAUGAUGAAACUGAAGAACCUCCCCCGCAUCCUGCUCCAAAAAAUAUAAAACCACCUAAUGUACUCCCAAACAGAAAUGGAUUACAACAGACCCAUGAUAAUGAUAAAAAUAAAAAAAGAAACAUUAACUAUGCCACACUUUCUAAUAUGCCAUCACAAAGCCACAAAAAGAGAAAAUUUGAACAUGUAAACAACCAGGUUCGAGAGGGUGAAAUUACAUUUGCCAACCUUGGAGGCAUGGAAAAGACACUGAAAGAUGUGACAAAAUUGAUUUUGCAUAUGACACACCCUGAGAUUUAUAGGGCUGUGGGUAUAACACCCCCAAGGGGAUUCUUGUUACAUGGCCCCCCCGGUUGUGGUAAAACCUUGCUGGCCCAAGCAAUAGCUGGAGAACUGAAGAUGAUGCUGUUCAUGGUAUCUGCUCCAGAGCUUGUAGCUGGUGUUUCUGGUGAGAGUGAACAAAGAAUACGAAAACUGUUCCAAAGAGCAUUUAUGAAUUCACCAUCUAUAAUAUUUAUAGAUGAGAUAGACGCAAUUGCCCAAAACAGACAGAAUGCUCAAAAAGACAUGGAAAAGAGAAUUGUAGCACAGUUAAUUGGUUGUCUUGAUGAACUCAACAGAACUGAACAAGGCCAUAGAGUAUUGGUAAUUGGUGCUACCAAUAGACCUGAAUCUAUGGAUCCAUCAUUAAGGCGAGCAGGCCGAUUUGACAGGGAGAUUUGCUUGGGAAUCCCAAAUAAAGAGAGUAGAGCCGAAAUACUUAAAGUUGUCACGAGAAAGGUAAAAUUGGAACCAAACUUUAAUUUUAAUGACCUGGCAAUUUUAACUCCUGGGUAUGUUGGAGCUGAUUUGUUGGCACUAACUAGAGAAGCUGCAGAUAUUGCUGUUGAUCGGUUGUUCAAAGAACUGGGGGAGAAUGAAAAAAAGCAAGAGGAAGAAAGUACAUCAGUGUCUGAAGUUGUGCCGGUGGAAAUUGAAGAAUCAGAGCCAAAAGAGAAAAAAGCAAAAGUUUAUGAAAAAACAGAAGAAAAAUCAAAUGCAGAUAGUUGUACUCCUGAGAAAUCAAAAGAAGUUGAAGAGAAAGAAAAUGAUGAGGAUAUCAUUAUAGAUGACACUCCUGAAAAACAAACUUUACCUACUGCUGAUGAUUCCACAUCAGACCCUACUAUAAUUCUUGUUGAUGACGAAAGUCAGUGUGUUAAGCCAACUCUAAAGAAAACAUCUGUAUUAGAAAAUAUCAGUCCCUACGAUGAAAUGCUAUUUUGGUUGCAUGAUCAGUUGCCCUUAUCACAAGAAGAGUUGGCCUCUUUGCGUGUAACUAUGGAUGACUUUAGAGCUGCAUUGAAGAAAAUUCAACCUUCAGCAAAGCGGGAAGGCUUUGUGACAGUACCUGAUACAACAUGGAGUGAUGUGGGUUCAUUGAAAAAUAUAAGAGAGGAGUUGCAGCUGACCAUUGUGGCUCCUGUGCGCCAUUCUAAACAAUUUGAAUCGUUUGGUAUUACAGUCCCAGCAGGCGUGCUCCUCUUUGGCCCACCAGGUUGUGGGAAAACACUUCUUGCCAAGGCUAUAGCAAAUGAAGCAGCAAUUAACUUCAUAAGUGUUAAAGGACCAGAAUUGCUGAACAUGUAUGUGGGGGAAAGUGAGAGAGCUGUUCGAACUUGCUUUGAAAGAGCCAGACACAGUGCUCCAUGUGUAAUAUUCUUUGAUGAGUUGGAUGCACUGUGCCCCAAAAGAAACGACUCUGAUAACAGUGGAACAUCAAGGGUGGUUAAUCAACUUUUGACAGAAAUGGAUGGAGUGUCUGGAAGACAAGGAGUAUAUCUCCUUGCAGCUACUAACAGGGUAGAUAUUAUUGAUCCAGCUGUAUUAAGACCUGGAAGAUUAGAUAAGGUUCUAUAUGUAGGAUUGCCCAAUGCUAAUGAUAGAGCUGACAUUUUGAGGGCUAUUACUAAAAAUGCCACCAAACCUCGACUUGCAAAUGAUGUUUCUUUAUCAGACAUUGCUGAACGACAAGAGUGUGAAGGCUUUACAGGAGCAGACCUGUCAGCACUGGUGCGCGAAGCUAGCAUUUCAGCCAUAAAGGACAUAUUCUCUCUUUCUGCCCAGGAGCCAGAGAGUAACACAGCGGUCAGUCUUGAGCAUUUUAACAAGGCUUUCCUUAAAAUCAAACCCUCAGUGAGUGAGAGUAGUAGAAGGUAUUAUGAAAAUAUGCGAAGGACUUUUUCAUCAGAUAGGAUGGAUAGUGAAGUGGAGGAAAUGGAGUUGAAUUAGAUUUUUGUAAAGAUAUUGAAAUAUUUUAUUUGUUUCUAGUAAAACACCUUUAUAUCAA